CUCAUUUCCGUAUCUCUCUCUCUCUCUUUCAAUAACUCAGAAAGAUAUAUAGAUGGGUGCAGCAGGAAACUCCCCAUGCGCUUCAUGUAAGCUGCUGAGACGCCGUUGUGCAAAGGAUUGUAUAUUUGCUCCUUACUUCCCUUCCGAUGAUCCUCAAAAGUUUGCCAUUGUUCAUAAGGUUUUUGGUGCCAGCAAUAUCAGCAAAAUGUUACAGGAGCUUCCGGUUAAUAAAAGAGCAGAUGCAGUGAGCAGUUUAGCGUAUGAAGCAAAUGCAAGGAUGAGGGAUCCUGUAUAUGGCUGUGUUGGUGCCAUAUCUUACUUACAAAACCAGGUUUCCCGACUGCAGAUGCAACUUGCACUAGCUCAAGCUGAGAUCCUUUGCAUCCAAAUGCAAUCACAAGAUCAUCAUCCAGCUAAUUUAUUGCCUAUGAGUCCACCAAUACAUGAUCAAUUAGUAGCUGCAGAUGAUGAAAAGUCAUUCUUGAACCUCUCUCACUACCUCAACAACUUUGAGUCCCACAAAUGUAAUUCAGAUAUCUCUCAAGAGGGAGUCUUUCUUUGGACAGGACAAUACUUAUAGUCGUUUUGUUUUCACCGCUUAGAUGGGAGCUUAGGAGCAACGGUAAAGUUGUCUUUAUCUGACUUAUAAAUCACGGGUUCGAGCCACUGAAUCAACCACUGACCUAUAACCAAGCGUUAACACAAAAUACUUUAUGCGCCGAGGCUUUUUUUUUCCUUCACUUAGCAUUAAUUUUUACCCCAUUGUACUUUGUCUCUUUCCCUCUUAGUUGAAAUGAGGAUUAGAGAAUGGAGGGUUUUUGUUUUUUCUACUAUAUGUAUGAACUAAGAUAAUUAAUGUAUUACAGUUAAACUAAAGAUAAUAUUUAUUAAUUUUUCUGGAGAA